AUGUUGCAAGGAAAUGUAGCUAGGCACGUGGGUGCCGAAGGCAACACAAAGCUUGCGUGUCGCGAGGCAAUGUGGCAUGGGGGUGCCGAAGAAGACACAAAGCUUGCGUGUCGCAAGGCGAUGUGCCUAGGCACGUGGGUGCCGAAGAAGACACAGAGCUUGCGUGUAGCAAGACAAUGUGGCUAG